UUCUCAUCCUCUGCUCAUUGCAAAAAACCAACUUUUUCUCUCAACACUCUUUACUACACCUAUUCUCUCUUUAACAGAUCUAUGGCAACUAUCAAAAUCGUUAAGGCCCGUCAGAUCUUUGACAGCCGUGGUAAUCCUACCGUUGAGGUUGAUGUAACUCUUUCAAACGGUAUAUUUGCAAGAGCUGCUGUUCCUAGUGGUGCAUCCACAGGAAUCUAUGAAGCCCUUGAAUUGAGGGACGGAGGGUCUGAAUACCUUGGAAAGGGUGUCUCAAAGGCUGUUAACAAUGUCAACUCAAUCAUUGGCCCUGCUCUCAUCGGCAAGGAUGCAACUGAUCAGACUGGUCUUGAUAACUUCAUGGUUCAUGAAUUAGAUGGAACUCAAAAUGAGUGGGGUUGGUGCAAACAAAAGCUUGGUGCAAAUGCCAUCCUAGCUGUAUCACUUGCUGUGUGUAAAGCUGGUGCUGCUGCAAGGAAUGUUCCACUAUACAAGCACAUUGCUGAUCUGGCUGGUAACAAGAAGUUGGUGUUGCCAGUUCCUGCCUUCAAUGUCAUUAAUGGUGGAUCACAUGCCGGAAACAAACUUGCAAUGCAGGAAUUUAUGAUCCUUCCCACUGGAGCUUCUAGUUUCAAGGAGGCCAUGAAAAUGGGUUGUGAAGUGUAUCACCACUUGAAGGCCGUGAUCAAGAAGAAAUACGGUCAGGAUGCCACAAAUGUUGGUGAUGAGGGUGGUUUUGCUCCUAACAUCCAGGAGAACAAGGAAGGACUUGAAUUGCUCAAGACAGCCAUUGAGAAAGCAGGAUAUACUGGAAAGGUGGUCAUUGGAAUGGAUGUUGCUGCAUCUGAAUUCUUCUUGAAGGACAAAAGUUACGACUUGAACUUCAAAGAAGAGAGCAAUGAUGGCUCACAAAAGAUAUCAGGUGACCAACUCAAGGAUUUGUACAAGACGUUUGUGUCCGAGUACCCUAUUGUUUCAAUUGAAGAUCCAUUUGACCAAGAUGACUGGGAGACCUAUGCUAAGCUCACUACUGAGAUGGGGGAACAAGUACAAAUUGUGGGAGAUGACCUCCUUGUCACCAACCCUAAGAGGGUCGCCAAGGCAAUUGCAGAGAAGACUUGCAAUGCACUUCUCCUCAAGGUUAACCAAAUUGGCAGUGUGACCGAGAGUAUCGAAGCUGUGAAAAUGUCUAAGCAGGCAGGUUGGGGUGUAAUGACCAGUCACCGCAGUGGAGAAACAGAAGAUACCUUCAUUGCUGAUCUCGCCGUGGGAUUGUCAACGGGACAAAUCAAGACUGGAGCUCCUUGCAGGUCAGAGCGUCUCGCCAAGUACAACCAGCUCUUGAGGAUUGAAGAGGAACUUGGAUCAGACGCUGUGUAUGCUGGAGCAAGCUUCCGCAAGCCUGUCGAGCCCUACUAAAUUUGCACUGUUGAAUGUGACAUGUGGAGGAGUACUUGUUCUGCCAAAUAAAAUUCCUUUGUAGUAUGUGACCCUGCGAAAUAAUAGCAGACUCAAAUAGUUUUUUUGUUGCGAGGUGUUUUAACAGUGUUCUGAACUGAGAGAGCUCUUCUUAUAGGCUUGUGAGCAUGUCUCAUUUUUGACUGCUGGUUCUGCAGCUUUGAUAUGCAUUUUGUAGUAUUUUCUGAUUUGAGUAUUUUGAUGGUUUUCAUUUUGGUCAAA